AUGUAUUGAUGAAAUAGAAAUUUGUGCCUUUGUGGAUCUUUAUUAAACCUGAGCUGGGGUGGGGAAAGAGAGUUCAUGACAAGUAAUAAAGAAGUAAGUUGUGUAGCAGGUUAGGUAAUAAGGUGUUAGCAAGGGGGGUUUUGUUUGUUAUUGGGAAAAGUAAGUGCAAAGACAGCAAUAUGCUUAACAUGUCUAGAAAUAGUUCACAGUUCUUCAUUGUGACUGGAGCAGAAUGAGAGUGGGGCAAAUAGUAUGAGAGUAGGUCAGAGAGAAAGAUAGACUUGAAGAAGGCAAGUCUUAUAGUAAGUCAUUGAAAGGACUUGUUUUUUUACUUUUAGGAGCCACUGGAAAGUUUUGAGCAGAACGAGAGGAUCUGACUUAUAUUUUAAAAGGAACACUCAGGCUGCUCUGAUAUGAAUAGCCUGGGGAAGGGGAGCAGAAGUGGAAAUUAGAAGCAUUUGGAAUAACCUGGGGCCAGAGAUGGUGGUCGGAGUGAUGGCAGUAAAGGAAGAUGAUCCACAUUACCUUGAAGACCUUUCUGAACAGAAAUGAGGGAAAUACAAAGAACCAACGAUAGUUUUGAAAUUCAGGAUCUGUAUUUUGAGAUGAUUUUAUUUUCAGAAUGAGAAAUAUAUCUGGUUACCUUUAUGAAUGUAGAGACAUGAGAAGAGAGUUAUGAUGGCAAAAAACAAAGAGCCUCGUCCCCCAUCCUAUACUAUCAGUAUAGUUGGACUCUCUGGAACUGAAAAAGACAAGGGUAACUGCGGAGUUGGAAAGUCUUGUUUGUGCAAUAGAUUUGUACGCUCAAAAGCAGAUGAAUAUUAUCCAGAGCAUACUUCUGUGCUUAGCACCAUUGACUUUGGAGGACGAGUAGUAAACAAUGAUCACUUUUUGUACUGGGGUGACAUAACACAAAAUAGUGAAGAUGGAGUAGAAUGCAAAAUUCAUGUCAUUGAACAAACAGAGUUCAUUGAUGACCAGACUUUCUUGCCUCAUCGGAGUACGAAUUUGCAACCAUAUAUAAAACGUGCAGCUGCCUCUAAAUUGCAGUCAGCAGAAAAACUGAUGUACAUUUGCACUGAUCAACUAGGCUUGGAACAAGACUUUGAACAGAAGCAAAUGCCUGAGGGGAAGCUCAGUGUAGAUGGAUUUUUAUUGUGCAUUGAUGUCAGUCAGGGAUGCAAUAGGAAGUUUGACGAUCAACUUAAAUUUGUGAAUAACCUUUUUGUCCAACUAUCAAAAUCAAAAAAACCUGUAAUAAUAGCAGCAACUAAAUGUGAUGAAUGCGUGGAUCAUUAUCUUAGAGAAGUUCAGGCAUUUGCUUCAAAUAAAAAGAACCUUCUUGUAGUGGAAACAUCAGCACGGUUUAACGUCAACAUUGAAACCUGUUUCACUGCACUGGUACAAAUGUUGGAUAAAACUCGUGGCAAGCCUAAAAUUAUUCCCUAUCUGGAUGCUUAUAAAACACAGAGACAACUUGUUGUCACAGCAACAGAUAAGUUUGAAAAACUUGUGCAGACUGUGAGAGAUUAUCAUGCAACUUGGAAAACUGUUAGUAAUAAAUUAAAAAAUCAUCCUGAUUAUGAAGAAUACAUCAACUUAGAGGGAACAAGAAAGGCCAGAAAUACAUUCUCAAAACAUAUAGAACAACUUAAACAGGAACAUAUAAGAAAAAGGAGAGAAGAAUAUAUAAAUACCUUACCAAGAGCUUUUAACACUCUUUUGCCAAAUCUUGAAGAGAUUGAACAUUUGAAUUGGUCAGAAGCUUUGAAGUUAAUGGAAAAGAGAGCAGAUUUUCAGUUAUGUUUUGUGGUGCUAGAAAAAACACCUUGGGAUGAAACUGACCACAUAGACAAAAUUAACGAUAGGCGAAUCCCAUUUGACCUCCUGAGCACUUUAGAAGCUGAAAAAGUCUAUCAGAACCAUGUACAACAUCUAGUAUCAGAGAAAAGGAGGGUAGAAAUGAAGGAAAAAUUCAAAAAGACUUUGGAAAAAAUUCAGUUCAUUUCACCUGGGCAGCCAUGGGAGGAAGUCAUGUGCUUUGUUAUGGAGGAUGAAGCCUUCAAAUAUAUUACUGAGGCUGAUAGCAAAGAGGUGUAUGGUAGGCAUCAGCGAGAAAUAGUUGAAAAAGCCAAAGAAGAGUUUCAAGAAAUGCUUUUUGAGCAUUCUGAACUUUUUUAUGAUUUAGAUCUCAAUGCAACACCUAGUUCAGAUAAAAUGAGCGAAAUUCAUACAGUUCUGAGUGAAGAACCUAGAUAUAAAGCUUUACAGAAACUUGCACCGGAUAGGGAGUCUCUUCUGCUUAAGCAUAUAGGAUUUGUUUAUCAUCCCACUAAAGAAACAUGUCUUAGUGGCCAUAAUUGUACAGACAUUAAAGUAGAACAGUUACUUGCCAGCAGUCUUUUGCAGUUGGAUCUUGGCCGCUUACGGUUGUAUCAUGAUAGUACCAAUAUAGAUAAAGUUAACACUGAUGAUGAGUAUGCCUUAGAUGGAAAAAUUUAUGAACUUGAUCUUCGACCAGUUGAUGCCAAGUCGCCUUACUUUUUAAGUCAGUUAUGGACUGCCGCCUUUAAACCACAUGGGUGCUUCUGUGUAUUUAACUCCAUUGAGUCACUGAAUUUUAUUGGGGAGUUUAUUGGAAAAAUAAGGACUGAAGCUUCUCAGAUCCGAAAAGAUAAAUAUAUGGCUAAUCUUCCAUUUACAUUAAUUCUGGCUAAUCAGAGAGAUUCUAUUAGUAAGAAUCUGCCAAUUCUCAGGCACCAAGGGCAACAGUUGGCAAACAAGUUACAGUGCCCGUUUGUAGAUGUACCUGCUGGUACAUAUCCUCGCAAAUUUAAUGAAACCCAAGUAAAGCAAGCUCUAAGAGGAGUAUUAGAAUCAGUUAAACAUAAUUUAGAUGUGGUGAGCCCAGUUCCCACCAAUAAGGAUGUAUCAGAAGCCGACUUGAGAAUUGUCAUGUGUGCCAUGUGUGGUGAUCCAUUUAGUGUGGAUCUUAUUCUUUCACCCUUCCUUGAUUCUCAUUCUUGCAGUGCUGCUCAAGCUGGACAGAAUAAUUCCCUAAUGCUUGAUAAAAUCAUUGGCGAAAAAAGGAGGCGAAUACAGAUCACAAUAUUAUCAUAUCAUUCAUCAAUUGGAGUAAGGAAAGAUGAACUGGUUCAUGGAUAUAUAUUAGUUUAUUCUGCCAAACGGAAAGCAUCAAUGGGAAUGCUUCGAGCAUUUCUCUCAGAAGUUCAGGACACCAUUCCUGUACAGCUGGUGGCAGUUACCGACAGCCAAGCAGAUUUUUUUGAAAAUGAGGCUAUCAAGGAGUUAAUGACUGAAGGAGAACACAUUGCAACAGAGAUCACUGCUAAAUUUACAGCACUGUAUUCUUUAUCUCAGUAUCAUCGGCAAACCGAGGUCUUUACACUGUUUUUCAGUGAUGUUCUAGAGAAAAAAAAUAUGAUAGAAAAUUCAUAUUUAUCAGAUAAUACAAGGGAAUCAACCCAUCAAAGUGAGGAUGUUUUUCUACCAUCUCCCAGAGACUGUUUUCCUUAUAAUAACUACCCUGAUUCAGAUGAUGAUACAGAAGCACCACCUCCUUAUAGUCCUAUUGGGGAUGAUGUACAGUUGCUUCCGACACCUAGUGACCGUUCCAGAUAUAGAUUAGAUUUGGAAGGCAAUGAAUAUCCUAUUCAUAGUACCCCCAACUGUCAUGACCACGAACGCAACCAUAAAGUGCCUCCACCUAUUAAACCUAAACCAGUUGUACCUAAGACAAAUGUGAAAAAAUUGGAUCCAAACCUUUUAAAAACAAUUGAAGCUGGUAUUGGUAAAAAUCCAAGAAAACAGACUUCCCGGGUGCCUUUGGCACAUCCUGAAGAUAUGGAUUCUUCGGAUAACUAUGCGGAACCCAUUGACACAAUUUUCAAACAGAAGGGCUAUUCUGAUGAGAUAUAUGUUGUCCCAGAUGAUAGUCAGAAUCGCAUUAUUAAAAUUCGAAACUCCUUUGUAAAUAACACUCAAGGAGAUGAAGAAAAUGGAUUUUCCGAUAGAACCUCAAAAAGUCAUGGGGAACGGAGGCCUUCAAAAUACAAGUAUAAAUCUAAAACCCUGUUUAGUAAAGCCAAAUCAUACUAUAGAAGAACGCAUUCAGAUGCAAGUGAUGAUGAGGCUUUCACUACUUCUAAAACAAAAAGAAAAGGAAGACAUCGUGGAAGUGAAGAAGACCCACUUCUUUCUCCUGUUGAAACAUGGAAAGGUGGUAUUGAUAACCCUGCAAUCACUUCAGACCAGGAAUUAGAUGAUAAGAAAAUGAAAAAGAAAACUCAUAAAGUAAAAGAAGAUAAAAAGCAGAAAAAGAAAACUAAGAACUUCAAUCCGCCAACACGUAGAAACUGGGAAAGUAAUUACUUUGGGAUGCCCCUCCAAGAUCUGGUUACAGCUGAGAAGCCCAUACCACUAUUUGUUGAAAAGUGUGUGGAAUUCAUUGAAGAUACAGGAUUAUGUACUGAAGGACUCUACCGUGUUAGUGGGAACAAAACUGAUCAAGACAAUAUUCAAAAGCAGUUUGAUCAAGAUCAUAGUAUCAGUCUACUAUCAAUGGAAGUAACAGUAAACGCUGUAGCUGGAGCUCUUAAAGCUUUCUUUGCAGAUCUGCCAGAUCCUUUAAUUCCAUAUUCUCUUCAUCCAGAGCUACUAGAAGCAGCAAAAAUCCUAGAUAAAACAGAACGUCUUCACGCAUUGAAAGAAAUUGUUAAGAAGUUUCAUCCUGUAAACUAUGAUGUAUUCAGAUAUGUAAUAACACAUCUAAACAGGGUUAGUCAGCAAAAUAAAGUCAACCUAAUGACAGCAGACAACUUAUCCAUCUGUUUUUGGCCAACCCUGAUGAGACCCGACUUUGAAAAUCGAGAAUUUCUGUCUACCACUAAGAUCCAUCAAUCCGUUGUUGAAACAUUCAUUCAGCAGUGUCAGUUUUUCUUUUACAAUGGAGAAAUUGUAGAAAUUGCAAAUACUGUGGCUCCUCCACCACCUUCAAACCCAGGACAGUUGGUGGAACCAAUGGUACCGCUUCAGUUACCACCACCAUUGCAACCUCAGCUGAUACAACCACAGUUACAGACGGAUCCUCUUGGUAUCAUAUGAGUAGGAAGUGAUUGCAGACAGCCUGAAAAUGGACAAAAAGCAAAUCUAGACAUGCAUGUUUCAGGGUUCAGUAGUAUAUUUCAUGUUUCUUACAGAUAAUUCACAUUCAAAAUGAUGAGACAUUUUCUCUUUGAACUAUAUGGUAUUCCUUAAUUUACAUUACAAAUCUAAGACCAUGUGAUAAGCAUGACUGGAGAGAUUUAAUUUUUAUAAACAAAAAUAGCUAUAAAAUACAAAGCUGCUGUUGCAUGCAACCUUAUUGCAAUCAGUAUAUCAUUCCUGUGGCAUUUUCUGUCACAUUAUAUUGUGAAUAAAAUUUUUCUAUAGAAAUUAAAUGAUUUUAAAACUCGCAUAUAUGAAACAUUUAAUGCUUUUCAGCCUGCUUUAUGGCUGGUUUUGUUUAUGUGCUAAUUUGGGCAACUUAAUUUACAUUUUAUCAGUCCGUGUAGAUAAUUAAAAGCCCAGUUAGGUAUUUUAUAAUUUCCGGCUACUUAUGCCAUACUCGGGAUGUUUGAAAGAAAAAUACACUUAACAUUUCUGUACCUUCAUCUUCUAAGUAAACCUGUGGAUGAUACGAUGAGGGGUAAAAUGAACAUAUUUCUUGUGCACACAUACCAAGGACAUGCUUGUGGCUAAAGUGAGUUGAUAAUGUUGUGCAAAGGAUAGUUGUCACCAACUCAUUUCUUUAUGGUCCAUAAUGAAAUAAACAUCUUGUAUACUGUUAAUUCUAUAAACAGAUGCAUGUUCAAAAGAUCUAUGAUGGUCUUGUAAUCUUAAUCUAAUAUAUUUUAGAUAUUUUAAUUUUUUUCCCUCUUGGGAAAUACAUUUUAGUAUAGUGUAGAAAAUACUUCAUGACAUUUUCAUAUAAGGUUAUAUAACUUUUCAUACAUAAACAUGAAAUUUGUUGUAGAAAAUUCUUUAAACCAAACAUUUUAAUCUAGGACUUCAAUUUACUCUGUUCCUUGAAUCUAUUUUUAUGUGGCCCUUAAAAACAUAUCCAAAAAUCCAUUGCUAAUAUAGCAAUAAAAAUACUUUGGGUACUGACAGCCUCUUUGGAAUGUGUAUAUAUAUAUAAUUGCAAACUUGUAUUCAUAUUUUUUUCUGUGAUGAUGUUGUAGUAAGAUCUAAAGUGGCUUUUACACCAUUUUUUAAACCAAUUUCCCUUUGAUGUUGGUACCAGAUUUGCUGUAAAUGACUGCUGCUUCUGGGGUUAAACAUUUUGUUGGUGAAGUACAACCAGAACACUAAAUUAUGGAGAAAUUUUUCAGAAUAGGUAGCAUAGGUAAAUUUUGUUAGGCUUUAUUCAAGAUUUGUUCUUUAUCACACCAUGCCAUUUUUUUUCUAGAAAGAAAAAAAAGUGGUUUGUUCUUCAUUGCUAGGUUAUAUUUUGUAUAGUAAAGAGAAAAUUCCUUGGUCCAUGUUUUAAUCUUCAUUUCUACUGCAAUUUUAAGGUUAUCUUAUGUGUAUUAUAGUAAACAGAUGAUUUUGAGAUUUGAGGCUCCCAAGAGUUUGAUUUGCUCCAUUUUUUUCCUAAAAUAAAUGUUGUCUUUCCCAACUGUUAUGUCCUAGGUAUUGUACUUCUGAUUUUAACUUCAGAAUCAAGAUGUUGACAUGAACCAGGCUGCUGUUAAAGUACAUGUAUAUUAUAAAUUAUUUGUGUUAUACUCUUCCAUGUUAUUAUCUUUUCUAAGAAAACAAAGUCCCUAUUAUUCCUAUUGCAAAGCACACAGGAAUUAAGAAAGUACAGUAAUUUUUAAAAAGAAAAAUCCGGUAAAUGUAGUAUUCUUAACUUGUUCUAUAUUACUUAUACCUAUUGUCUAUAUAGCUUUAAUUUAUAGCUGUCAGUUUAACAUUGGCAUGUCUGGCAAAGAAAAUUAAACUUUAAGAGUUUUAUAAACUGUUUCUAGGUUGCUAAAGAAUUUAUUUUUCUACUAUAUAUGGUAUAGACAAAGCUCAAAACUAUGUACAGGAAAAAAGCCUGACUAUUUCUUUGGAAGUAGGCUGAAAAGAGAAUUUUCAGAACUGUUCGUGUCUUCAGUUCACUCACUCAUAACUUUGCUAUUGUAAUAUGUGAAUCUCAGCUUAUUUAAGCUAUUCUCUUUUAUACUGUUAACUUUCAUGUGCAUUUAGUACCAUUUGUGUUAAAAUUAGCAUUUAUCAUUUUCUACAUUAACUACCUUACACCUUCCCCAAAACUUAUCUCCACUUUUCUAUGCAUUCUACAAUUGAUUUGCAAAUCUUCAUAGUGAGUCAUUUAAAAUUCUGCAUUUGGUUCACUUAACUAGUAGGUUAUAGUUAAUUGAAAAUUAAAGUGCGAUUUAAAGCUCAGUCUGUUACACUGAAUUGAUUGCAUUGUUUUGCCAAGGAUUUAGAUAUGUUUUUAAAUAUUAGAAAAAUAAUUCUAAGAACAGAAUAAUAUAAUUAAACUUUUUUUCUGGUAAGUUACUGGAAGGUUUCACUGUUUAGGGACAUAUAUAUAUGAGACCUCUUAAAGGAUGGAAAAAAUAUUAGUCUCAUUAUGAGAAAACAUUAAGGCAUUAUAUUUUACAAUUUUAAAUAAAAUUCCAUCUACAUAUAUGUUGGCAUUGUUUCAUUUAAGCUUCAGUGCUUAUAGUUAUUACAGUAUUGUACUUAAUAGUAUCUAGAUUAGCAAUAUGAAGAAGGAUAGUGGUACUCUUACAAAUUUUCAGUAGAUUUAUUGGAAGUCAUAUUCUGAUCAACAAACACUUAUUAGGAUACACAGUUAAUUUUAGAAUAAAAUUCCAGGCACAAUACAUUUCUAUUUGAAAUGGUAUUUGUUAGUAGUGCUCCCCACCCCAACCCCCUUUUACAAUGUAAAUACUGUAGGUAACAGCAAUCUAACUUAGUUGAAAAGCAGCUUUUAUUUUCCAUACUCUUUGUAAAUAAUGUAGACUUUUUCUUUGAGGUACGGGAAUUUAAUUUUGAAUAUCUCUUAGAUAUAAACAAAAGUUGGAGUAAGAACUUAGGCCUUAGUUUCCAUGGUGAUUUUUAGUUUUUUAUACAGUAAUAAUUGUGAUGCUAUUUGUCAACUGGAUAUAAAUAUAUAUAUAAUUUUUAAAAGUCAAAA